CAUCAUGAUACACAGGAUGAAGGGGGUAUACGGUCUGGUGGUUCUCUGGGUGCUUUGUGUUGGAGGACAGACACAGAACUGGUCUCAGAACAGAGUGCAGCAGACAAACCAGCAGGUUGCAGGUAACAGACAGUCGCCUUUCAAAUCAUGGAACAGCAGAAUGUACCCCAUAUGGAGAGGCAGUGAAGCUCAGAAGAAAAACUGCUGGAAAGGAGGUCAGGUGACCUUUGAUCUUGUUAAUGAUGCCCCAACAUUGACUGGAGCCAAAGCUACUUUCUCCAUUCGGCUGAACUUUCCCAACAAUCAAACUGUACUGCCAGAUGGACAGGUUGUUUGGGGUCAAAACCGCACAGACAAUGGUACAUGGAUACCUAGUGAAGAACCUAUCUAUCCUGAUGAGUCUACAGAGGGAUCUGAAUGCACUUUUCCAGAUGGCCGUCCUUUCCCUCGUGGUGUUGAGAAGAAGCACAGCAAGUUUGUUUACGUGUGGCAGACAUGGGGUAAAUACUGGCAAGUAGUAGAUGGGCCCUCCUCUAAUCUGACAGUGGAGACUGAUGGCAUUCCACUUGGCUCCUACACUAUGCAAGUUGUCGUUUAUCAUUACCGUGGCCGCCAGAAAUUCAUCCCCAUUGGCAGCAUAUCCUCUCAAUUCACCAUAACUGACCAGAUUCCAGUUUCUGUAUCAAUCUCUCAGCUUCUUGAUCUGGAUCAGGAGGACCAACGCUUUAUCCAGAACAGAGCAGUAUCUUUUGCUGUAGCAAUUCAUGAUCCCAGCCACUAUCUCCAAGCAGCUGAUAUCUCCUUCUCCUGGGAUUUUGGAGACCAGAGUGGAACACUUAUCACCAGAAACACUGACGUCACCCAUACUUAUGUUUCUCCUGGGGUGUUUAGACCAAAGGUUGUCUUGCAAGCUGCCAUUCCUAUUGCACCAUGUGGCAGUACUGCUCCAGUAGCCACAGCAGAGCCAGUACCUACAACAGUUGCUCUUGCACAGCCAACAACUGCAGCUGCUUCUACAAGUGGUGGACAAGUCACAGAUGCACCUCCUGGAACCACAGCUGCACUCCCUGGUAAUAUCACAGAACCCCAAGGAACUAUUAAUGGGAUUGUAGUAACAAUACCUUCUGAUGAACAAAACAACUUGGCUGCUGAAGCAACAUUAUCUUCAGACAAUGAGGCUGCAACUCUGCCAGAAGCUAUAGAGGAUGAAGCAGGUGUGACUGUUGCAGGAGAGGAAACUGUACCAGAGGAAGAGGAGGCUGUGCCCAAUCAAGAACAGGCUGUAACUGUAGCAGAAGCUGUGCCCAACCAAGAACAGGCUGUAACUGUACCCAACCAAGAACAAGCUGUAACGGUAGCCGAAGCUGUGCCCAGUCAGGAGGCUGAAGCUGUGACCUCAGAAGCAGAGACCACUGAGGCAAUUGCUGAGCUUGCAGAAGGUUCUCCUAGUGUCCCAUCCCAAAUAAAUGAGCUGCCCGGUACAACAGCUGAGGUUCUGACUGUGCCAGCCACAGAAGCUGCCGAGGAGGUUGUGGUUAUUGCAAAGCGUCAAGCUCCUGAGGAUCCACUUGUAGGCUGCCUCCUCUACCGUUAUGGAACAUUUGCAACUGAUCUGGAUAUUGUUCAGGGCAUUGAAAGUGCACAGAUUGUUCAGGUAGCUCCAGUUGCAGCCGUUGAUGGAGCUGAAAAUGCAGUGGAUCUUACAAUCACAUGCCAAGGAAGUGUACCUAGCCAAGUGUGCACAAUUAUCUCUAAUCCUGACUGUACCAUUCCACAAGAGACUGUCUGCAAUACUGUGCAGCCCUCAACUGACUGCCAGUUGGUCCUCCGCCAGGUCUUCAAUGAAACUGGUCUAUAUUGUGUCAAUGUGUCCUUAACAGAUUCUGUUAGCCUGGCAAUGGCUAGUACACAAGUCAGUGUUUCAGGUGCAGGAUCCUCAUUCUCAAAUGGUGGUAUUGUCAUAGUUGGUGUGCUUUUGGCAGUGUUUGCUGUAGUUAUUGUAGCCUACACAUACAGGCAAAAAAAGUCUUAUACAGCUUUAACAACCGCUCCAUCUCCAUCAAAUUGGUUCCCUGACAGGCUUUCCCUUCGUCUGUUCUUCCAAAAUGCUCUGGGGCUCUCCAGGAGUGGCGAGAACAGCCCACUUUUGAAUGGCCGGGUUGUGUGAUGGAAACAGCUGGCCUGAAGUCGAGGCAUAGCAUGAUGCCUUGUCAUGAACAGUAGAGACAUGGCCUGGCAAAUCUAAUCAGUAAUAAUCAGUGUGCAGAGGCAAUGAAAUAAUAAACAUUGGCUCACAUAUCACUUUGGUAAAGUAUGAAUGAGUUAACUUGGGCCCAAGAGUUAGAAUUUCUUUCAACUUAUGGCUGGUUCCUACCCAAUAAACUUGUUUAAUAAAAAA